UUUUUAUCUUUAACCAUUCUCACAUCUGACCUUUCUCUAGAUCGCAGUUUUUUAUCUUUAACCAUUCUCACAUCUGACCUUUCUCUAGAUUCCAGUUUUUUUUUUAUCUUUAACCAUUCUCACAUCUGACCUUUCUCUAGAUCGCAGUUUUUUAUCUUUAACCAUUGUCACAUCUGACCUUUCUCUAGAUGGCAGUUUUUUUAUCUUUAACCAUUCUCACAUCUGACUUUUCUCUAGAUCGCAGUUUUUUAUCUUUAACCAUUCUCACAUCUGACCUUUCUCUAGAUCCCAGUUUUUUUAUCUUUAACCAUUCUCACAUCUGACCUUUCUCUAGAUCCCAGUUUUUUAUCUUUAACCAUUGUCACAUCUGACCUUUCUCUAGAUCCCAGUUUUUUAUCUUUAACCAUUCUCACAUCUGACCUUUCUCUAGAUCCCAGUUUUUUAUCUUUAACCAUUCUCACAUCUGACCUUUCUCUAGUUUUCCGGUUCACAAUUUUUUACCUUUACCCCAACCAUGUCUUGACCGUUCCCUGGAUAAUGUGUCCACAAACUGGACACCUUCGCACAGCCUGGGAGCAGACGUGACAACAGACAAGAUGAGCACACGGCAGAAACGCGAUAGAAGCAUCUUCCUCCUCACAUAUUCUACACAUCCUUUCUUUCUUCAACUUUCUGUUUUCUUCCAUGAGAGCCUGGAUUUCUGUUACAAAGGUGAGAGGUCACUUAUCUACCAAACAUUCUGUUAUUAUUGGUUGUUGUUGGGUUAUUUUCCUAAAAGCUGUAUGAAACACUUCAGAAAAAUUUAAUCUACAGUUGGUUGGUUUCUAAGACAUGCGUCAUCAUAUUUAUUCAAACAAAAUUCUAAUUCAAGAAGUUAAUAUUUUGGCUGAUACAUCAUCAGUGUUGAGGAAAAAAUACUUCUAAGCUUGUAACUAAUAAUAAUUAAUAGCAAAUACAUUUUUUUAUUUUAGCGCGAUGAGUGCAAAAAUAAUUUUCAGUCUCAUGCGUGAGCGAAAUAUUUUUUUUGUAUGCAAUAUACAAUUCAUUCUACCAGAUGAUCGAUCAACCUAGCGACUGUGAAAUUUACCUUUCAUUUGCUGAUCAAUAGGGUCCUGUACAUUGGCGCCAGACGUUUCGCCGUUGACGUCAUCAUCCAUACCAUUUGUGACGUCAUCUAUUUGUUGCUCGCCUGCUUCCUCCAGACGUUGGAUCUCGUCCACUAUGGCGAUAGCAUCAAUGGUUUGUGUACCUGAAAUGGUCACAUGAUCAGAAAUAUUGUAUUGCAUUAAAUAUGUCGUUUUCAAAGUCUAUGACAAGCCUACUUAGGCACUAAAUCUUUAGUGACACCUUAAAUUAUCUGAAAUAUCCGACCAUUUGGAAUUUUGAAAAAUAAUGCAUUAAAUAGCAUUUGAUAGGUCUGUCUCCUACCAAGAUAAAUACACCAAUACUUCCCUCAAAAAAGUAAAUAGGAUGGAUAAUCUUAUUGUUCAAUACAUCAUGUGUUCCAUGUCGAUUUUUUCCUAUGUAAUAUAUUUGUUUUGAAAUGUUAUACAUAAUUAUAUCUAGUGCCAAAUCACCUUUGAGCAAAAUGUUUAUUUAUUUAAAGUUAUACAAUAUAGAAUGAUUUAACAAAGGAGUGUUUAUCUCCUAACAACUUACCUUUUUGACGGAGGUUUCUUACUGCCCAACUGACCAUUUCAGGAUUGUAGCCAUUCUCAGUUAAGCUCUGGUAAGCUGGUAAUGAGCGUAUAUCCUCUAUUUCCUUUGUCUGGUUUUGCGGAUCUUUAUUGUCGUUUGUCUGAACUGUGUUUGGCUGGUUCCCUUCCUGGUAAAAGAAUUGUAUCAAAAUUAUCACAUUGAAAAUGUCAUGGUAACAAUGUCAAUAAAACAAGAUUUUCGGUGAAACUGUUGUCUAUCAUCUGAAGGGCAACACAUACCUCUCUGUCCAAUUGCUCCUGUACCAGCUGAAUGAAUUCUACUCCUUUGUUUUGACGUAGGUAAGCACAUUUUGGGAACCAUCUAGCAUGUUCAACCCAGGGAUCAUCCCCCAUCUCCCAGUUACGUAGACCGCCUCCACAGAAAAAGCAUCGGGUAUAAUCAGAGUAUCCAGCAAAUACAAAACCCGCCUCGGCCAUAAGUUUUGGUGUCUGAGAGGCUGUCCAACCGUUGUAUGAACUCAUUCUCACCGGCAACACUGCGUAUGCUGGGUACUUUGGUUUGUCGAAGUUGACACCUAGGGGGGCCAAUUUUCUCAUGGUAGCAGUGCUGACAUUUGUGUCCGAUCUUUGUUGCGUUCCCUGUGUUUGUGUGUUCCCUGAUCUGCCACUCCCGUUCAUCAUGCCGUUUGUUAACAGCUGAUUUGAUCUAUUUGAUCUUUCAUGUACUUGUGUGGUUUGGUCAUUUGGUCUAUUUCCACCGCCAUUAGUAGUUGUUAACGUCGUGCUAUUCUGGUUGUUUGGUGCAUUAUCUGAUGCAGUUGUUUCUUGCACGAGCUCUUGUCUCUGAUAAGGAGACGAUUCCUGAAUAGAAGACUGCCUUUCUGAACGCCUUUGGGUGUUAGUAUCAUUUGGUGAUCUGAGAAUUGGCAGAACUUGACCGUUGUUAAUAAACAUAUUUCCAGAUGAUUGAGCUAAGUUUCUUUGGACUAAAGGUGUUUCAUGUCCUGUGUUUUGUCCGUUUAAUCUUGCUUCCUGUUCAUGCAAAGACGGAUUUUCAGGCAAGGUAUCAAGUCUUUCAUUUUGUGGUUCUGCUCCAUAUGAAUUUUGAAAUAUUUGUCUAAUAGGGGUUGCUUCUUCUUCUCGUUGUAUAGGGACGUUUGUGUCAUCGUUUCCAGUCACAUAAUUGCAAGUUGGAGACAUACUUCGAUGGAGUCGGUACGGAUCAUAGCCAAGACGCCAAUUUUGGAAGGAAUCACUUCAAAAUACCCAGAACUAUUACAUAUUGAAUACACAUUGCUGGAAAUCCCACAGCUACUGCAUGUACAUCAGAAACAUCUUGUCGCAAGGAGAAGAGAGAUACAGGAAGUUCAUAACCAAAUACUUCCACGCCCUGGUGCUUUGAUAUGGUAUACUCACAAAAACUUUCCUCUUAAUGUGUGCUGUGUUUACAGAUAAUGUAUUUCUAGUUGUUUUGCAGAUGUGGGAGUUAUUAGUAGCAACAAUCUGAUACCUUCUUAACACAUGUAUUAGUAGUACGUUCAUUCACCGUAUGGUUCUCUAAAUUGUAAACUUCACAAGUAUAUAUAUACACCGACCUGUUUAAAAACCUUUACUGUGGGAUUCAUAAAGCCUACACUUAUUAUAGUCCAAAUGGAAAUCACCUUUACCAUAUUUAGAAAAUUUAAUCUAUUUUUAUACACAUUGAUAUCAAUGUGUUUACCUUAGUUGUUUAAAAGCUUUGUAUCGUGUAACCUGACCUUAUAAUCCUCAUUUUUCCAUGCUUUAUUUUACAUUUGUUGCUUUUUUAAGUUGUUGAAGUAAUCCGGAAGAAAAUCGUGCUUGGCGUUGUUAGGAAAAUCAACGGGAGAUUAUCAGAAAAAGAGGAUUGGCCUGUGAUAUCUAUCAAGUAUUAGAGGAAGAAAAAGAAGAAGAAAAAGAUCAAAUAUCUAACAUCACUUUCCAGAACGUGAUUUACAUGGAAAUAAACAAAAUAUUUCAUGCCCUGAAUGAUGACUUUAUGCAACAUUUGAAUUGGAAAUUGUAUAAAUUAUUGAUGAUUGAAUAUUUAUGUUUCCAUAUCCCAAGUGAUUAACACUAGUUUCAAUGACAAAACAAGAGCUAAAACAGAAAACUUGGAUUGCAUUAAGAAGGGUAUAGCAAAAUGUAAUCAGAAUGCAGCAAAAUGUUUUUGAUGAAUUCACCUGCUGGUUUAAUCAUAUAAUAGAGUAAUUGUGUCAUACAAACUCAGGGCUUUACCACUGGCGUUAAACUCACAAGAUCGUACGAUUUCCUUGUGUUUUAAUUCCGAAGUCCUGUACCACAAAGCAACGUAAUGCCUUUGCCAGUUCAACCACGUCGGUUACGAACAGAGAAUGUCCAAGGCACAACAGUACACUUUAGAGAAGUAGACUAUCAGACGGAGGAAGGUGCAUAUGAGGAUGAGCGCUUGGACGAAGUUUUAGAGACGGGAGUGGACAGAGGAGAAGAAAUUGGAACAGUCGGUUGUGGACAGUUGGCUGUGAUACAAAGUGUCUCGGGAUACUAUGAUGAAGAGCAACUCGUCGACAUACACAGUCAGGAAAAUUCAGAAGGCGGAAGUGGAUUGUUUGGAAAUAAUCAGGUUGUAAUUAUAGAAUUACAGAGAAGAGGACACGAUAUCACUCUUAUUCAAAGAGUCAUGGACGGGAUUUUGUCAGAAAGACCCAAUUUAAGAUUGACUCCCGAGUAUGUGGAGCGUGAGAUACAAAGGUUACGUGGUGGUAUCCAUGAUCAAGAUGAAUCCAGAAAUAUUGUGAAGACUGGGACUGUCUCAAAAGAACAAGAUAUGAAGGAAUUGCGUUUGGAGAAUCAAAAUCUGAAGGAAAGACUCACUUGUAAAAUCUGCAAGGAAAAUGAAAGUUGUAAAGCAUAUAUUCCAUGUGGCCAUCUAAUCAGCUGUAGUGGCUGUUUCAAAAACAAUAGAGGUACAUGUGCAAUCUGUAAACGACACAUCGACCGGGUCGUAAACGUGGUAGACGAUGUAUAACAGAGGAGACUAUAGACCUCAACAAAACAUGGAGAAGCGCAUUGCACGUAUGGAGAAUCAUAAACAAGGAUUUAGAAUGUGUCGUCUGGUGGUGACUUGAGAGCAUUUCUUUUGUUGGUGUUUUCGGACAACGGUUGAUAACAUCAGUAAUUGUCAACCAAUCAAGGCUAUUCUAAACUGUUACGUGACUAUGGGUGAGCAUUUAGAAUAACGAUAUGGCAGGAGGAACAAUGAUAUAUUGAUGUGUGGUUAUAAGACGUUAUUUUCGAAUCGUAUCAUGACUAUCAAAUGAUAGUUUCGUAUCGGACUAUGAAGAUGUGUUCAUAAGGCGAUAAUUUUGUAUCGUACUUACAUUAUGAUGUCAAAAGUUCUUUAAAUUUUCAUCUUGGACAUGUAAAGCUGGAUAACGAACAGUAUGUUGUAGUAACGAUGUUAUACCAGUUUUCAGGAAUCCUUUGUAGAGCUUUCCUGCAACAGAAUGGCGGAGAAACAAUGCACUCUAAAGCCAAAUGUCUCGGUCUUACAACUAAAUAAACGAAAUGAUACAGAGUGUGUCUGAAUAUA